UGUUGAUAUUGCUCCAAUGCGCUGCUACCACCACUAUAGGACUUUUAGGCUAUAACUGAAUAAGGAUAGGAUUUACAUAUUUAUCCCGGGGAGAGGAAAGGGGUCAUAGAGUUUGUAGUGACUACCAAUUUUAUACGUACGUAUAUUUUAUACGAAUAUAUAUUGAAAUUGCACAGUUCACUACGUCGUGGGGCAUGAAACGGUGGAAACAGGGGUUCACAUUGUUGCUUGUUUGUGUUUCUUAUGGACUUGUUUCGUUGUACGGAGCCUAUGUAGCACUGUCAAAAUCUGAGACUGGUUUGAGAAGAUAUCCAGGAUCUCAAGUACCCAGGGACAGGACCUUAAAUGUUGAUUCCCACCAAGAGCAAUGCGAAUUUGCUAUCUGGGAUACAUGUGGUUUGGGAAUAUAUUUGUGGAGAAACAUACUUCAUGGAGAAAUAACCCAAUACAAUUUAAAUAAUGGAUGGAUACAGAGUUCAUUGAAGACUGACAACUUUUCUAUAAAGUAUAACCUUGGAUAUGGUUUAACACCAGAUUAUGCUCUUACACCAUCCCAUCCCAACAUAGUGUUGGUCGUCAAUGCGAGAGAUACUAAUCUGAUUCCAAAUGCAAAACUGUGGGUGGAUCAUGUAUUGAAAAGUGCAUAUAUAGAAAAAGUUGCAAUUAUUUUACUUGGGAGCGAAACUUGUGAUAAUGAUUGGCUUCAACCGUACCUACAACAAAGCAGAAUUAAAUGUGUAUUCAUGGUGUAUGAUUCUACUUUAGUCGAUGAUGAGUUAGUUUUCCAGUGGCCUCUAGGAGUUGCAUCAUAUAGGAAUUUCCAAAAUUUUAAUGAAGAAUUCCUGGACUUAAGUGCACAAAGACCAUAUGUAUUCAAUUUUAUUGGUACAGUGUAUGAUGGGUCAUCCAGAGUUAGUAUGAUGAAUACAGUGUAUCAACAUAUAAAAAAUCAGACAAAGAAAUACAUAAAAACAAGAGAAAACUGGGUACCGGAAGAGGAUUCAGAAAGCAUGACAAACUAUCAGCAUGUUUUACUAGCAAGCGAUUUAACACUAUCACCUGCGGGUAGAAAUUCAGAGUGCUACAGAACUUAUGAAGCAAUGGAGCUUGGCUCCAUACCUGUAAUAGAGGAUGUCGUGUCAGAAGGCACCUGUGACUACAAUGAGAAUAAAAAUUACUCAUCUCCAUAUAGACUGUUAAAAAAGUAUGGUGCUCCUGUCAUUUUUGUCAAGAAUUGGGAAAAUGAGCUUCCCAAUAUAGUUCAAGAAUUUCAAGAAAUGACUCAUCGUGCCAAAGUUAGGUCUCGAAUUAACUUAAUAAGGUGGUAUGUUGAUUUUAAAAAAGCCAUGCGAGAUAAGUUUUUACACAUUGUAAGCAGUAGAUUUUGUUGAAUGUUCACGUUAGCAAUCAUUGGGGGACAGAGUCCUGUUUUACGCUACAACUGGUUGCAAAUUUUUGUUCUAAAACUGUGUGUAUUUUUUCUAUGUGUGCAAUCUACUUUAUCCUUUAUGAACACCCUUUGAUAUAAAAAUUUCAUCAAGUUGUUUUUCCAAAGCUUCAUUGGUGCCUCGCAGUCCAGAUACAACCUGGUAUGCCCACUCAAAAUAUUCCUGCACUCUCUCAGCAGUCCAACCUAAAAAUAAAUUUCCCGUUAGAAUGGAGUAUUAUUAGUGUUAAGCUUAUAAUAUGCAACCCUUUUUAAUCAUUUAUUUUGAAAUUAUAAUUAUUAUCCCAAACUGGUGCCAUAAAUAGAAUCACUGUAAAACAAAUAGCAAUAUUACCUUCUGGUGUUUCUCGACAUAAAUCCCUGAGAUUGUAGAGUUUGUCUGCCAAUUUUACAAGUUUAGCUUGUCUCGAUUUAUGUGGUGCAUUCACAACCUGAAGGCGUUUUCUUUCUUGCUUUGCCAAGGAUUUGUCGUCGGUCACCUCUGUUACAAUGUCUCUGUCAAGCAGAAAAGUUUACAAAUUGCUAAUAAUGUGUAAAAGAUCAGCCAUCUUCUUUCAAGUCCACAAGUACAUUUAUUACUGUUGUACCGUUUGUAUUAGCAAGCGGGAUGUAAAAUUUUAAUAACCUAUCACUGUAGUUUUAAGAGUAAUUUAUAUGUUUUUGCUGAUUGGUCCUAAACACGUCUCACCUUACUGUUUUGCCGAAUAUUUCUUCUAUUUCAUCUAAUGUUGUAUCUGUAUCCUCCACAGUAUCAUGGAGCAAUGCUCCUUGUAAAACUUCAAGUUCUGUAAUGCAUCCCUCUUCAGAAAGAAUGUUUGCAACCCCUGUUUGUAUUAAAUUCUUAAUUUU